AUGACAUCAAAGGGGCCCGUAAAGAUGACAAGAAGCGAGCUGUAUUCAGCUCUGAUGGAUAGCGAAGAAGAAGAAUAUUACAAAGAAUUAAAGCAAGAAGAGGAAGAACUAUUUAACAAAAAGGGAAGAUCAAAACUGCAAGAUUUAUCAAAUUCAUUCGGAAGCGAGAAUACAUACAAUGCUUCCGAUGGAGAUGAGGAUGAUGAUGAUGAAGACGACACUUUUGAAGGAACUCUAAGAAUGUUAGAGAAGAAAAAGAAAAAGAUCGAGGAAGAGAAAAUACCUGAAUUAAAACGAAGGCAGUCCCCCACACCUGAACUCAAAAAAGAACCAGAGGUGAUUGAGGACUUUAUUCGAAAUUUUUUGUCAAAGAAAGGAUUAGAAGAAAGUUUGCGAAUUUUCAAUGACGAAUUGUAUGAAAAGAAACAAAAAGGAGAAUUGGAUGAAUCUUCUGAUGCAGUACCUGACGUGUAUACACAGUUGCAAAGAGUUGAAGAGGAAUUACACUUUUGCAAAAAGCAACUGGAACAACAAAAACAAUUAUCUGAAAAUAUUGUUCAAAAGUUUGAAAAACUUAGGCGAGUGAAAGACCACCACAAAAUGAAUCACAUGCAAACUGUUCAAACUAGGGAUCAGCUAAGGAAAGAGUUAGAACGAAUGAAAAACCACUGUGCAAAAUACGAGCCAUUUAUUGCAGAAUUAACAAAUAAGUAUGACAAAGUUUUCAAAGAAAAAACGUUGGUCUGUCUUGAAAGAGAUAGACUUGUCAAUAGAGUGACAGAGCUCGAAAAUAUCAUUAGACAACAAAAUGGAGAGCCCUCAUCCCUAAAUAAUACUGCGAACAAUGAGAUGGAGAAGGUUAAAAAGACUAAAACUAUCAAGAAAACGAAAAAGAAGGAUUCAGUGUUACCGCCAGAGAAGAAAAAUCCUUGGAAAGAAAAGAAAAUUGCAAGGACAGUGGCAGAAACAUUUCAGCUCUCUCAAAAUUAUGAAAGCCACAGCAUGGCUAUUUCUGGAAUAGCUGUUCAUUCAAAGAAGCCUAUUGUGGCCACAGCAUCAGACGACGGCACAUGGAAAGCGUGGUCACUACCCUCUUCAAAAGUCAUUAUGAGUGGAGAGGGUCAUUCUGAUUGGGUGAGUGGAAUUGACUUUCAUCCAUUUGGAACUCAUUUGGCUACUAGUGGAGGCGACUGCUUAAUUAAGCUUUGGGAUUUCACAACUGCAAGCUGUUCAUUAACAUUUGAUGAUCAUACCCUUCCUGUGUGGGAUUGCCAAUUUCACUACAGUGGAGAUUUUUUAGUUUCGUGUUCGAUGGACCAAACUGUCAAAUUGUUUGACAUCCGAUCAGAGAGAUGUGUGACAACGUUCAGAGGACACAAAGACAGUGUAAAUAGUGUUGUUUGUAUUCCAUUCACCAAUACGCUGUUGACAGCAUCAGCAGACAAAACGUUGUCGUUAUGGGACAUGAGGGCAGACAGCAAGAAUCUUUGUGUUCAAACUUACUAUGGUCACAAAAACAGUUGCAACUAUGUCACUAUUAAUCUUCAAGGCGAUACUAUGGCUUCCACUGAUUGUGAUGGGCUUGUUUUAGUUUGGGAUUUGAGAACACAGAAAAUACGAAAUCAAUUUAAUAUCAGUGAUGUCCCAACCUCUGCAAACAAAUGUGCCUUCGACCCUAGUGGAAAGGUUUUAGCCGUGGCUUGUGCAGAUACGUCCAUUCGAUUAUUCUGUCCUGAUGGAAUCAAAGAAGAUGAACAGUCAAAACCAAAUUACACGAUAGGAGAGCUCAAAGGAAAUAAGGAGGCUGUACAAGUCGUCAAAUUUGACUCUGAGGGAAAAUUUGUGGUGAGUGGCAGCGACGAUGGCAUGUUGUGUCUAUUCAACAAUUAA